AUGGCUAGCAAAGCCGCCACCAAGCGUUUGACACGCGAAUACAAAACCAUCUCUGAGAACCCCCCUCCUUACAUUGUUGCUCAUCCGUCCGAGUCCAAUAUUCUUGAAUGGCACUAUAUUAUCACCGGUCCUGAGAACACUCCUUACCAUGGUGGUCAAUACUGGGGAACUCUAAUGUUCCCUCCCAACUAUCCGUUUGCUCCCCCCGCUAUCCGCAUGCACACACCAUCAGGCCGAUUCCAGCCUUCAACGCGACUAUGUCUCUCCAUUUCCGAUUUCCACCCGAAGUCAUUUAACCCCGCAUGGGAAGUUUCAACCAUCUUGAUCGGGCUACUCUCAUUCAUGACGAGCGAAGAGAUGACGACUGGUUCCGUUUCCAACACAUCCGCCGAACGACGAUGCCUGGCGGCUCGAUCGCGUUGGUGGAACUCGACCGGCGGCGGCUCAAAUAUGAAGAGUAAACCCGCCAACAAGGGUAACGUCAAGGCUGGUGAUGGUGGCGCCAAGUUUCGAGCAGAGUGGCCAGAAGUGGAUGUUGAGAACUGGGAGUGGAUGACCACAAACAAGGUGGAUACUGUCACGGGAAACCGAUUAGAUGACGACAACAACGGAUCUUGUCGACCUCAGCUGGGCAUUACAGGAAAUAGCGGACAUCAAGCCCAAGCAGUUGUUGAUGUGGUCAACCAGCAAAGAGAUGCCAGUACAGGGUGGAUCUACCGUAACAAGCUCUUACUUGCUGGAGCUACUAUCUUCUUUUACGUUCUUGUUGCUAGACUUGUCAGUGGUGACGAGUAA